CGCUUAAAGCGUGAUGAUGAGGAGAAUGGACCAGAGCGUGCGAUACUUGAGUCCCAACGCUACGGCGUUCGAAAAUGCGCUGAUUUUUUCGAUGAAGAACGAGCAGCGCUUUUCAAACAAGCUAAAAAAAAUGCUUACAAAGUCGAAUUUUCAAGAAGCGUUCGAGUCGUUCAGAAUAUGUUGCAACCAUCCGUUUCGUGUCACGAGCUCGGAGAAAUUUCGCGACGAUCAGAACAACCAGGGUGAUAAAUUCAAGUACAGCUACAUUGUUUCCCAUUGCGUUCACUUCAGGGAUCAACGAAUCAAAGGUUUCUCAGCCUCAAAAUGCAUUUAUCACGAGCACUAA